CAAAAUGCACGGAAGCCUUUCGCACGAGGUAGAAGUGAACGUGCCAGCGAGCCAGGCUUGGGACGCCUAUAAAGGCCUCAAAAUCGCUCUCCUCGUCGGCGAACAGCUCAACGACGCUCUAGAGAAAGUCGAGGUCCUCGAAGGCGACGGCGGACCUGGAACUAUCAUCAAGCUCGUUUUCAAACCAGGCAUCCCAGGGAUUAGCUCUUACAAGGAGAAAUUUACGAUAGUUGAUGAUGAGAAGCGAUUGAAGCAGGUGGAGGUGAUCGAAGGGGGAUAUCUUGAGUUAGGAUUUACAUACUAUGGAGUUCGGUUUGAAGUGAUAGAGAAGAGAGAGGAUUGGUGCAUCACCAGAGCCACCAUUGAGUACGAUUUGAAGGAAGAAGCUGCUGCGAAUGCUUCCGUUGUCACCAUCCGGCGUGUGGCAAAGCUCCUAGAGUUCGCAGCCAAAUAUCUCCUAGAAAAUAAGAACAAAAACUAAUAAGAGAAAAACUUGUAUUAGAUUUUAGAAAGCAUCCAAAAGACGUGUUGUGUUGUUUUAUUUUUAAGAAAAACUUGAUUUUCUUCCAAGGAGCCCUUCCUUCGAAUCCUCCAAUCCGUAUCGUUUUAUAAAUUUUAAAAUUAAUUUUAUAUUUAAUAUAAAUGAAUGUGUUUUUUUAUUUUUCUAUGAUUUUAUGUAUGUUGACACAUAUUUUUGUAAUACCCCGCAUCGAGCG